AGUGCUGCUGCCGCCGCCUCUGUGCCCGCGCCCCGGAGAUGUCCUUCCCCCAGCUGGGCUACCCGCAGUAUCUCAGCGCCAGCCAGGCGGUGUACGGGAGCGACCGGCCCGGGGUGCUGGCCGCCGCCGCCGCAGCCGCCGCCGCCGCCGCCGCCGCCUCGGGCCGGCCCGCGGGCGCCGAGCUGGGCAGCGGCUCGGCCGCUGUCACCUCGGUGCUGGGCAUGUACGCCAGCCCCUACAGCGCCCCCAACUACAGCGCCUUCCUGCCCUACACCGCCGACCUCGGCCUCUUCUCCCAAAUGGGCUCCCAGUACGAGCUGAAAGAUAAUCCGGGUGUCCACCCCGCUACCUUUGCUGCCCACACUGCCCCCGGCUAUUAUCCCUACGGACAGUUCCAAUACGGGGACCCGGGGCGGCCCAAAAAUGCCACCCGGGAGAGCACCAGCACCCUCAAGGCCUGGCUCAACGAGCACCGCAAGAACCCCUACCCCACCAAGGGCGAGAAGAUCAUGCUGGCCAUCAUCACCAAGAUGACCCUCACCCAGGUCUCCACCUGGUUCGCCAACGCCCGCCGGCGGCUCAAGAAGGAGAACAAGGUGACCUGGGGCUCCAGGAGUAAGGACCAAGAAGAUGCAAACCUCUUCGGGAGUGACAAUGAGGGGGACCCUGAGAAGAAUGAAGAUGAUGAGGAAAUUGACCUGGAGAGCAUAGAUAUAGAUAAAAUCGAUGAGAAUGAUGAGGAGCAGAGCAACGAGGAAGAGGAGGAGAAGCCCGAGCUCCUGAGACAAAGCAGUGAAGAGGAGCAUUUGGAAAAGGAGAAGGAUUUAGCACUGCCAGGGUCUGAAGGGCUGAAACCCAAAGACGCGCUGGCCAUGGUGAAGGAGGCCUCUGACAAUAGCACGAGAAUCCUCAGUCCUGGGGGACCAAACAAUUUACAGAUGCCAUCUCACAGCAAACCCAAGAUUUGGUCUUUGGCAGAAACGGCAACCAGUCCUGAUGGUGCCCUGAAAUCGUCUCCUCCUCCUCCCCCUCCUCCCCAGGUUAACCACUCUUCUCAGAUUCAGCACCCUGCUUUUCUCCCUAGCCACGGACUCUACACAUGCCAGAUUGGCAAAUUUCACAACUGGACAAAUGGGGCUUUCCUCACUCAGAGUUCCCUUCUAAAUGUGAGGUCCUUCUUGGGAGUAAAUCACCACCAUGCUGCUCAUCACAAUCACCACCUCCAGGCCCAGCAACAAUCUUCUGUUUUAACAGCAACCCUGGGAGCUCUAAGCGGUGAAAAACCUUCAGAGAGGACCAGUCCCAAACACAUAGAAAGAGAAAAUGUACCAAGAACUGACUCCCCACCCCAGCAGCUCAAAUCGCCCUUCCAGCCUGUCCGUGACAACUCUUUGGCUCAGCAAGAGGGAACACCGAGAAUUUUAACAGCUCUCCCUUCUGCUUGAUUAAAUGAUUUGGUGAAAAAAUAUUAUAGAGACUGGUAUUAAGGACAGAGAGAGUGAAAAAAAAAAAAAAAAAAAAAGGAAACGGUGUAAACGACUCCCAUCAAUCUCUUUUUGCAAUAAGGUGGUGCAAAUCCAUAAAAGCAUUUCACAAAUCUGUAGAUGGAUCCCUUUCCUCAUUGUACCAUUUCAGAUCGUGUUAUUCUAACCAUUCUUGGAUUAUUUGUUUGGUAAAUGUUUCCCAUGUGUUUGUGGUUUUCUUUUUUUCUGUAUAUAGAGUGAUUUCAGAUUGUAAAUAACACGUCAGCAAAACUUGUCUAAAUCAUAUAUUUUUGUCUAAUAAACUAAAUGAAAUUAUGAGCUCUCUUCAGGUAUGUAUUCUGUUGCUACAGGUCUUAUACAU